GUGGGCGCUCCGCAAACAGGUUCGCGCAGCAGGUGCACAGCCCAUAAGGAGUCUACUGUCCUCUCCCUGCUGUCAGGCUUCCGUCACCUUCCCGGACCCUGGUCACGGCUGCUGGUGACCACUUUUCCCAGCCCCAGUGGGCGGGGUGGCAGGCAGCAUGGAGAGUGCUGAAGGCCAUGGCCAGGCUGAGGAGUCCCCAGCGCCGGAGGUGGGAGCUGCCGGCACCUCUCCACAGGGGCCUCGGGAAGAACAGGGACAGGGUCUUUAUCAGGAAGAAACCAUUGAUCUGGGUGGGGAUGAGUUUGGGUCUGAAGAGAACGAUACGGUGUCAGAAGACUCUGGCAACUUUGUGGAUAAGCUGAACGAGCACAUGAUGGAAAGCGUCCUCAUCUCGGACUCUCCCAAUCACAGCGAGGACGAUGGGGCUGAUCUGGGUUGUCUGCAGGAUGUCAUGGAGCCUGGAGAAGGCAGCACUGACCACAGGCUGGAAAACAUCACAGAUAGAGAAGAAGUGGACGCCCUGAGUAAUGACAGUGAAACUGAUGGGGACGCUACUGCUAAGGACAUCUCGGACGUGACCUCUGACAGCAGAGCGUCUUUGAAAGAAGACUCGGCACAAGAAGAAAUAAAAGGCACGUCUGUGUUUGAGAGUGAUGAUGCAGAGAACUCGGUGCCCAGGGAUGCCGAGACUCCCCCCGAAGAGCAGGUCUCGGGGACGCCCUCCAGCCAGGCCUCUCCCAGAGAGGGGCCUGUCCCCGUGUGCACCAUUUUCAGUAAAUCCAGCUCCACUCCCUCACAGCCUCACCUGUUCUUGCACGACGGCUUCGAAUCACAGAUGGUGAAAUCGCCCAGCUUCAGCAGUGCCAGUGAGACGUCAGCCAAGACCCCCCCACAGGUGGUCCAGCCUAGUCCCAGCCUGAGUAAAUUUUUUGGAGAGACGAUCAGCACUAACUCCUUAGCCUCCGACUUCUUUGAUUCCUUUACUACUUCCACAUUCAUUUCUGUCAGUAACCCCAACGCAGGUGCUUCCGUUCCAGAAAAACUAUCUUCACUCCCUGCUCCAGUGGGAGAUGCUUCCCCCGACUCCACUGACCCUUCUUGCUCUGCAGGAGUUGAAAGGUCAGAAUCAGGUGUUUCCUCGGCUUCUCUGGAAAUUCCUGAGUCUCCAAAGCCGUUUUCACAGAUACAGGCUGUAUUUGCAGGGAGCGAUGACCCCUUUGCCACAGCCCUGAGCAUGAGUGAGACGGACCGGAGGAAUGACGCCUGGCUUCCCAGCGAGGGGACCCGGGACAUCCUGAUGGCAGUAGUGACCCAGCAGUACAGCACUGUGUUCGUAGACAAGGAGAACCUCACCAUGCCAGGACUCAGGUUCGACAACAUUCAGGGAGAUGCAGUUAAAGACUUGAUGCUUCGCUUUCUGGGUGAAAAAACUGCAGCAAAGAGACAAGUCCUGAAUGCCAACUCCGUGGAGCAGUCUUUUGUGGGACUGAAACAGCUAAUUAGCUGCCGAAACUGGAGGGCAGCAGUGGACCUCUGCGGGCGCCUCCUCACAGCUCACGGCCAGGGCUAUGGCAAGAGUGGGCUGCCCACCAGCCACACAACAGACUCGCUGCAGCUUUGGUUUGUGAGGCUGGCACUCCUGGUGAAGUUGGGCCUUUUCCAGAAUGCAGAAAUGGAAUUUGAACCCUUUGGAAAUCUUGAUCAGCCAGACCUUUAUUAUGAAUACUACCCUCACGUGUACCCUGGGCGCAGAGGCUCCAUGGUCCCCUUCUCCAUGCGCAUCUUACACGCGGAGCUGCAGCAGUACCUGGGGAACCCGCAGGAGUCGCUCGACAGGCUGCACAGAGUGAAGACCGUCUGCAGCAAGAUCCUGAGCCACUUGGAGCACGGCUUGGCUGAGGACGGCAGCGUCAGCAGCAUGACCCCGGAGAACAGGCAAGCGUCUCUCCAGCUGUGGCGGUCCCGUCUGGGUCGGGUGACAUACUCCAUGGCCAACUGUCUGCUCCUGAUGAAGGACUACGUGCUUGCCGUGGAGGCUUACCGCUCAGUCGCCAGCCACCUCCCAGAGCAGGAGCCGCAGCUGCUCAGCGGCAUCGGCCGAAUCUCCCUGCAGAUUGGAGACAUAAAAACAGCCGAAAAGUAUUUUCAAGAGGUUGAGAAAGUGGCACAGAAAUUGGAUGGACUGCAGGGUAAAAUAAUGGUUUUAAUGAACAGAGCUUUCCUGCACCUGGGACAGAACAACUUUGCAGAAGCCCACAGAUUCUUCACGGAGAUUCUGAGGAUGGACCCCACAAACACAGUGGCCAACAACAACGCCGCCGUGUGUCUGCUCUACCUGGGCAGGCUCAAGGACUCCCUGCGACAGCUGGAGGCCAUGGUCCAGCAGGACCCUGGGCGCUGUCUGCACGAGAGCGUGCUCUUCAACCUGACCACCAUGUACGAGCUGGAGUCCUCGCGCAGUGUGCAGAAGAAGCAAGGCCUGCUCGAGGCCGUGGCCAGCAGGGAAGGAGACAGCUUUAACACGCAGUGCCUCAAGCUGGCGUAGUCAAAGCUCUCUAGAACACCUGCAUCUCUGUAGACUGUGUACAUGGAGCUAACGUAUUAAUGCAGCUCUGAGGGGCUUAAUAAAACGUCUUUUCACUGAUGUCUGGAGCAUCUUCUUGAUCCUAAGGCUGUCUGGCAGCUGCUGGACUCCAGCCAGCUCCAUCCUGCACCUCGACCGCAGUUCAUGAAUAGGAGCUGACCAUCCCAGGGCUGCACUGGGGCUUGUGGGCACAGGCAGCCCAUGCACACAUGGGUCCUCCUAUUUAUCCCUGGAGGCUAGCCUGCCUCUUUCACUAACUGAGUGUCCAGAGAAAGACUGGCAGACAUGAGCCCUUCUUGCCACACACCUGACGUUCUGGAGGAAUUUUUGUCAGUAAUGGUAGAGAAACCGUCAUCUUCCUUCCACAGCCCCAAACUAAACUCAUCAGUCUUAGUCAGCUGAUUCUUUUUCAGCCUGAUGCCUUGAGUGCCUGGUACUGGAUGAAGAGCCCGUCAUUUCUCCUGGAUUUUGCCAUGUGGGGAGCAGAGCAGGAUAAAGGCUUCAUGUGCACAAUGAAAUGAGGACGGACGUUCACGGCACAGGUGGGGGAGGCGGGGGCGGGGCUGAUAGUAUGCCUGGAAGUCAGGACAUCAGCUGUAAUAUUCACAUAGUUAUCCUUGCUUUUAAAAAAAUUGAAAUACCUGAAAAUUUCUUCAGUUUAUUGAAGUUCUCUGGCAAAAGUGCUUUAAAUAUCUAGCUUUUCUAAUGCAUUUUCAAAUAUAUUCUAAUAAUUCAUUUUAGAGAUUCUGAAAUAUAAACAUCCAGUGCACAAAGCCAAGCUUUGUUCCUAUUCAGUCUUUUGGUAAAGUAGAAACAUGGAGAUGGAGCAUCUCCCAGACAGUCUCAGCCCAUUUGCUAAAAUACGGUAUCAUUGCACUUUACAGGAGGAGAAAAAAGAGAUGAGUGGUGAAAAGGACCAUUGAAUACCAAGGAGAUUUUAAAAUCUCUCUCUUCAAAAACAGAGAAAAAUUAAACUUUAAUUUUAAAAAACCCCAAAAGUUGAUAUCAUUUAACACGUUGCUGACUGGGCCACAAGUUACCCAGUGACAUGGAUUGUUUGUGUCUAAAAGUUUCAUCAACUAGUGCUAAAAUGUUAGAGGUGCUCAGUGAUUCGGUAUUACAAGCAGCUAAGAGAUGAAGAGGGAAGAAAGAAUAAAGCAGGCUGACUUUGGGAGCUGGGGAUUGAGGCUGGGUGAAAUGAAUCAGGGACAGCUGCUGUCAACACAUUGUUUCCUGGCAGUUUCACGCCUAAACCAUCCGUGCUACUGGGUAACUCGUGAUGGGUGAGCAGUGUGUUCAGGUCCUUCACUUGGAGGGUUUUCCUUCAAAUCUGGCUUCAGGACUGCGGGCUUUUCUUGUGCUCACUCCUGACACCACGCCGCACCGGCUCCUGAGCGGAGUUUUUUCCUGCAUGUGUUUGGCUGAACCUUAGAGCAGUGUUACAUCAGUAGUUCUCAAAGUGGGGUUCCUGGCCCAGUAGCACCUGUGUUUCCUGGAAUGUGUCUUCAGAAAUGCACAUCCUCAGCCCCACCCCGGCCCACAGAAUUUAGCUGCAAGGGCCUGGGCUCAGGGUGGCAGACCUUGGAGCCCCUGGGGCUUGCAGCCCAGCCUUCUUGUGCUGCCAGCAUCUCUCCUGUGUCCCCUCAGAGGCCCUGCCCCACCUGUGGUUGUCUCUGCCUGGAUGCCCUACCGCACCCCAUGCAUCCUCCCAGCCUGUCCACUAUCACCCCCAAAGCCACCUCCUGCCCACACUCCCCUUCUGCUCUUCUUGUGGUCUGACCUUAGGACCUCUCAGGCUCCGCAGCACCUGCCAGCCCCACAGGUGUCAUCUCGCGCUGGCUCUGCCUUCAGCCUCCCUUGUCAUCCUGACAUGCUGUGCACAGACUCCAGGGUCUGUGGAGCAGAUGUAUGGGACCCUGGGACUCCAGGCCCAGCAGAGCAGGUGUGCGGGGCCCUGAGGUUGCAGGUCAGUUUCUGAGAGGCCAUUGCAUGUCGUGUUCCAGGGUCUGGCUCCACAGGCACGUGGCUCUCCCACAGCUUCAGGCUUACCCGCACAGAGGUGCUGCCAAGAACUCCUUUGCCAGCAAGGACAGAAUAGAAGCUGCCCCAGCUGGGGCUGUCUGGAGGUGCUACUUUGCCCAGAAUCUGGGCCCUGACUCUGUGACAAGACAGGACCCAGAAUGUUCUUCUGGAUGGUGAGCCUGGGGGGCGGCGCUCAGGCCCCCAGCAUUCUCAGUCCUGGCCCUGCUGGUCUGGGGCACUGUGUGGUCAGACAGCAGCAUGCCAGUGGCCACGGGAUGUCCUGACAGCUGUCCAGAGACCAACACCUUCCAGGCAGCAUUGGAGGCUGAGUUUUGGUUUCAUCCUGUGCAGAGGGAGGGGCCCCGCGACAGCCAGAACUGAAUUCCCCACCAAGUCCGAGGCAAAGGGCUAGAGACAGAUUUCAUUUGACCUUAAAAAAACAAUAAUGAGUAUAGCCUGCAGUCCUGAGACCAUGGCCCUAGGUCUGUGCCACUCGUGUGAGUGAUGCUGGGCCUCUGCCUCUCACGGGCGGCUCCAGGCUCCCAUCACAUUUCUGUUCUCUCCUGUGCUUGGCUCCUUUUCAAAAACAGUGCAUGUCUUUGGGGGUUGUUUGUUUGUUUGUUUGUUUAAUAAAUGAAUAAAAAUAAAC